AUGAUUCCUUUCUUUAUACAAGCUGAAUACACUUGCAGGCUCUCUCCACCUUGGGACGACGUUACUGACGUUAGCGAAAUUGAUGUGCAGUUCUUCUUUUCAAACAUCUACAGUCAGUUCCAAGGAGCCGUUCAGUACAGUGGUGAUAAUAGUGGGAGCUACGCGUUCGGCCAUGGCAUUCCUGAUAUGUGUGCCUUUAUGACCGACAACUCCAGCGAUCCACUGCAUAACAUCGCCGCCUUCAAUGAAUACAUGACGAUCUUUUACCAGGGUGGUGGUGUUUUCAACAGCACCGAAAACAGUUAUGCAGACUUCAUACAGUACCUAAGGACGGCGCAACAGUACGGCCCUGAUGCGGCUGCUUCAACGCUGUGGACAUGGCAGACAUGUACAGAAUUCGGCUAUUUCCAGUCUUCCGACUCCAGUUACAGUAUUUUCGGCAGUCCUACUCCAGUAAACAUGUUCACAAAAAUGUGUACGGACGUCUUCGGCGGACAGUUCACAGCAGCUGCUAUUCAGCAAAGCAUCACCAGAACGAAUCUUCGAUAUGGUGGAAGGGACCGCUACAAGGGAACAAAUGUCGCCAUCCCGAAUGGAUCCAUCGACCCCUGGCAUGCUCUCGGCAAAUACACAAAUAACGAUCCGUCUGUAUUUUGGUAUCUUAUCAACGGAACAGCUCAUUGCGCCGAUAUGUAUCCAGCCCGACCGGAAGAUGUACCUGAUCUCGCAAAUGCACGCCGUUUGAUCGAAAGCAACCUUGCCAUGUGGAUUUCCGAAGCACCACGUACCUCAAGUCCACCAGCAACAACAUGGCAUCCAACAGUUCCAACAGUUCCUCCAGUGGUUAGCACGGCAGCACCUUACGAGCCAUCCACUCCACAAGGUGGAAACCAUGCCCCUUCAAACAUCAUCGUGUCAGUUUUAUGCUGGGCUAUCAUUAAGACAUUCUUGUUGUGA